AUGAUGAUGAUCCUUUUGAAGAAGAACUAGGUAUUUUUGGUUUCCAAAUUUAUAGAUAGAUUGAGAUAGCAAAAAGAAAUGUAACAAAAAUUAAAAUAACAACAAGCAGCUAUUCUUGACCAUAAUAAAAAGGUAUCUCAAAAAUCAAAUUAGGCUGAAUAACUAAGAUCAUAAAUUGUAAAAGAUAUACUACCAAAACAUAAAGGGUUAUAACUAGCCUACGAUUAUGACGGAACCUUUAUGUUAGCUAAAGAUCUUACUUAAGUCAGAAGCCAUUAAAGAGCACCAGAAAUUCACAAAAUAACUUCUGUUGACACAGUAUUUUAGCCAUAGAAACCUAUUUAAUAAGCAGUUAUAGAAAAUGAAAAAGUCAAAAAAGAAUAACAACGAUUAUCUAAAUCUAAAACAAAUCCUCCUUAAAUUUUUGAGGCUUCCUAUUAAAAACCAUUUGAAGGCUUCACUCCUAAUCAUGGAGUUAAAUUGAUUUAUUAGGAUCAAAAUUAAGAAAUUGUUAAACAACAAGAUAUAUAAAAUUGGGGAGAUGGGUAGAGAAUGACAAAAAAAUAAUUUGAAGCUCUUAAAAAUGAAGGUUUUAAACCUUCAACUUACUCUAUGAAAUAGUAAAUGCUUCAAAAGAUCAAUUCUGACAUUAUGGAACUCCAAGAACCCAAAAAUACUCCAAUUAUAGGGUAAUCGUUUAACUAAAUUAAUGAAUUAAAAAUCUCAUAGUCCUAUACAAAUUUAAAGUAACUACCUUAGCAACAACAAACUAUACAUCAACUACCCUAAACUGCUUAAAAUAGAAAGUAAAAUAGUAAAAUUAAUGUUGUUGAUAAAUAUUUACUUGAUCAAUUACUUUCAUGA